AUGCCCGGUCGACUCCGCACUAGGCGGCCCUCUCCGACAACCGUCAGCUUCACCGUAUCAAAUGCGCCGCACCGCUCCAGUUCCCCCACAAAGAUCCUCUUUGGAAUCCAGAUCCUCCUGCGUGCCGUGCUGUUUUGCUGUGCGAUCGUCGCCGGACUAGUACGGUUACGACAUCUCCCGUUCGAAUUGGAGGAGCGAAUAGCAUCAUGGAAGGUCGUGUUAGAGAUCUUAGACACUCCCUUUGGUUCCCGCCUGUGUCAAUUGGUGGACCCUUAUGAUCCAUGGGCGGUCACUGCAGUAUGCGCAGUGAUGGCCUAUGGUGUUUUGAGAAGGGGCUAUACUGAGGAAUCGCUUCUUGUGAUUCGGGGCUUCGGAAUCCAAACGUCAACAUCAUCUUCCACUUAUCUGUCAUCAGCCGCUACGAGGUUCAUCCCUACAACCCAAAUUCAAGACAUAGUCAUUCAUGAAGCUUUCAAAGGCUUCGAGGUUCGAUUUUAUCUUGCAGUCAUCGUGGAAGGAGAGCCUGAUGUGUUGGUAGUCUUCCCGGUAGGUUGGCGUCUUUUUCCUUCUCCCGUUACUCUGCUGACUCUACCCCGAAUCACCAGCACUUACUGCCUAAUCGAGAAAUACUUGAAGAAGUAUGGCGAGGGUCUCGGCGAUGUCUUUACGAUGCAAAAUCAUGAUCUAUCUAGGGCAAGGGACAUGUUAUGCUAA